CGGAGCCCGUGCGGGGAUGUCUCGGAGACCCCGCGCUGACUGCUGCUCAAACAUCACGUUGACAUGGAUGAUGAAGACGGACGAUGCUUGCUAGAUGUAAUUUGUGAUCCUCAGGCCUUGAAUGAUUUUUUACAUGGAUCUGAAAAGAUUGACAGUGAUGAUCUCCUGGACAACACGGGAGAUGCAGCCAGUGCCUUCUUUGAGGGUGCUGGGCUGCAUGUACAAGAAACCUCUGGCAAUCAUUUGAAUGCUGAGCAAAGCCAACCCACAACAAGUGUUGAUUUAGACUUCUUGGAAGAUGACAUUCUAGGGUCACCUUCAGGAGGUGGAGCUAACCUGCAGAAUUCAGAUCAACCAUGUGAUAUCCUCCAGCAGAGUUUGCAGGAGGCAAACAUCACUGAGCAGACUCUGGAAGCAGAGGCAGAACUUGAUCUGGGUUCUUUUCAGCUCCCUACGCUCCAACCAGUGGUCCACACUGCCUCGGACGGUACUCCACAGAUUUUUUCCAGUGGGGCUGACCUUAUUGGACUACAGCAACCUGCUGUUCUAACUCAUCAAGCACUGGUGCAGCAGUCUGUUGGGGCUGAUGUUGUCAACAAAGCCAUCAGUGUGCAGCCUUUUCUUCAGCAAGUUGGCUUAGGGAAUGUUACCAUACAGCCAAUUUCCAACCUUCAAGGGUUGCCUAAUGGGAGCCCCAGUGGGGCACUGGGCAUUGGGCAGAUUCAAGUGGUUGGCCAGCAAGUUAUGGCAAUUAACCAGCCUACUCAACAGAUUAUUGCUAAGCAAGUUCAGCCAUCCCAAGUGGCCACUAUGCCAGUAGGAAGUUAUAUCACUCAGACAGCACCAGAACAACAGCAGGUCACCCUUGCCUCUGCUGGAGUAUCCCCACAGAAUGCCGGUCUUGUGAUCCAGAAGAACCUCCCAGCAGUGGCCACUACAACUCUGAAUGGAAGCUCCAUGUUUGGAAGUGUAUCAGCCACUCAGGGUUCCCAACCACUCACUGUCACAUCAAACUUGAGCAGCCCACUUGUUCAAGCCCAAAAUGUAAUCAUUCACCGGACACCCACACCAAUUCAACCCAAACCUGCAGGAGUUCUUCAGCAGAAGUUGUACCAGAUUACCCCCAAACCAUUUGGCCCCAAUAACACCACAUUGACCCUCCAGAAUGAGGCUGCUCUCCAGCAACAGAAAACUCAGCAGAACUUGACUUUUAUGGCAGGCAAAGCAGGACAGAAUGUGGUGCUUUCUGGCUUCCCACCAGGGCUGCCUGCCAACAUGUUCAAGCAGCCACCACCACAACAACAAACCCUUAACAAGCCAAUGAGUGUUCAUCUGCUUAAUCAAGGCAGCAGCAUUGUUAUCCCAGCACAGCAUGUCCCUCAGGCCAUGUUGCAGGGUCAAAAUCAGUUCCUUCUCCCAGGACAACUCACUGGAACAUCUACAGUUCAGAUCCCUCAGCAGCUCUCAGCAUUACAGGCUAACAUGGGUGGUCAGAUUCUAACAACUUCACAUCCUAGUGGGCAAACUCAUAUCAUCACCAGCCAAGGCCCAGGUGGGCAGCUAAUAACAAAUCAAGCACUGCCUGCCCAAAUUCUCACCAAUCAGAAUCUGGCAAGCCAGCUCAAUUUGGGACAGGUACUCACCUCACAGAAUGCACAUGGAACUGCUCAUAUUCUUUCUGCACCUAUCCAGUUGCAGCCAGGGCAGGUUGGCCAGCCAACUCUCUUCCAGAUGCCUGUAUCUCUGGCUGGUAGCCUGACAACUCAAAGCCAGCCCACUGUUGCAGCUUCACUGACGAGUGGUGCCAUCAAUCAGAGUGGUCAGACUGUUAUCCAAGGAGUCACUCUGCCUAACCAAGUGGCAAUGUUAAAUGCUACUGACAGCCUGAACCAAACCGUGACCAUACAAGCACCCCCUAAUGCCAGCAGCCAGAGCCCUGGUCUUAUUCAGCCACAGUCGACCUCUAGCACCAACCUGCUACCAAGCAGUGACCAAGCCACUAUGCUAACUGUCCAGCCCACCUCUCAGCCCUCUGCUCCUUCUCAGCUUCAAUUGAAUGUUCAGCAACAAACAUCACCACCUCAGCAACCAGCGCAAAUACCUGUGACUUCCCAGUCCAGCCCUAAUUUGGUGGCAUCAAGUCCUGAAAAGAUUAUUUUGGGCCAGACAGCUGCUGGAACUGUCAUCUCCCAGGAUUCCAUGCAGAUGUUUCUACAGCAGAAGGAUCAGAGCCAGCAGCAGCAGCAGCAGCAGCAGCAAUUUUAUUCGCCAGCCCUGAAAAUGCAGCAGGAGAGCAGUAUGAAUGAAUCCACCGUACCUCCCCAUCUGCCAAUGCCUCUGCCCAUCUACAGCAUAGCCACCACUGCACUCAGCACCACAAGCAGUGUCCCAGCCUCGGUGAUAGUCAGCAGCAGCGUAGGCGCAGCCCUGCAGCCGCCUGCCAGCCGAGAGCUGAACCAGAACCACAACCUGCCACCGGUGGAUUCCAAAGUACCACAGUUCUCGACUGGCCCUUCCCAGCAGGCACUGGCUUGCCAGUUGCCUUCAGGGCAGCAGAAACUUCCUGGAGCCUCCCCAUCCCAUUCACUACCUCAUCCUUCAAUGGGGGAAAGCCCCCAGCUCCAGCCCACGCACCUUUCCCAGAUACAGUCUCCACACCAGUCCCGUCCUCCAUCACAGCCUCAACCUCUUUCCCGGCCACCCUCCCGGCCGCAUUCAAGACCUCCUUCCCAGCCUCAGACUUUAUCCAGGCCUCCUUCUGAACCCCUGUCACGGUCUUGCACCCCUCAGACACAGAUGCAGAACUUAUAUGUGAUCCAGAAUCAGAUUACUUCCUCUCCUCAUGGUUCCAACCAGCAUCCCCUUCGGCCUCCCUCACAGCCUCAGGUGCCGUUUCAAGCACCACAAGCCCAGCCCGAGGGGCAGCCUCAGCUAGCAACCCCUCCACAUCUGCCAUUACAGGUUCAGCUUGCUCCUCAACUCCAGCCCCAGUCUGAGGCUCAGGGGCAGGCACGGUUACAACCCCAGAUUCAGGCUUCUUCUGAAGUUCAGCAUACUCAUUCCCCCCAUUUCCAGUUACAGUUCCCUGCUCAAGGCCCUAUCAAACCUCCCACACCAACCCAGACACUUCAUCUAACAUCAGAACAACAGAGGAGCUUUCAGAUGGUUUCAAAUCAGUUCCAGGCUCUCUCCACAAUUCCAGCUCCUGUUCCUCAGCAGAAACAGCUAAUGGAUCGAUUUCAGCAGGUACCCCAAGGAAUUAUCCUGCAAACAAAACAGUCAACCUCGACUAGCCAGGCACCACCUGCACUGAGCCAAUUUAGCGGUCAGCCCUCUUCAGUUUUGGUUAGCAGCCAAGGACAGCAGGUCACAGUGACAACAACUCAGGCUCAGGCACCAGCAGUUCAUGGCCAUACGCCCAUCCCCACAACAAUUCAGUCUUCCAGUACGGGUUCAAGCAAAGCAGCUCCUGUGCUUGAAAAGGGGCAAGUACCAAGAGGAACAACAAGUGGAGGAGGAGGGCAACCUGCGCAGUGUACAGCGGUUCUUCAGCAGCAGACACCCGUGUUGGUCAAAUCAGCAUCAGUAUCAAUUGCUGCUGUAGUUUCUGCCGAGAGUAAAACAUUUUCCAGUAACUCAACAACUAUUUCUGGAGGGAAAGCAACUUCUGGGCAAGGAAAACCCGCAAUUUCUCAUGCCAUACAACAGUCAGUUCAGGCCAAGCCUGGAGUCAUUAGUUCUGUAUCAGGCCUGAAUCUUGGGAAAGGUCAGCUGCAGCUCCAGGUAGUUGGAAAAGGCUUGCCACAAGUAAUGUCUUCAGCACAAGCCCAAAUCCAGCAGCAGUAUGAUAACAAGCUUGGAAGCCUGAAAAAAGCACCCCCAAUGCUACAACCAAGCAAGGAAGCUUGCUUCUUGGAACAGCUGCAUAAACACCAAGGAGCAGUUCUGCAUCCUGAUUACAAAACUUCAUUUCGGUCAUUUGAAGAUGCUUUACAGAGGCUCCUACCUUACCAUGUCUAUCAGGGAACGCUGCCUUCUCCCCAUGACUAUCGGAAAGAUGAAGAAUUUGAAAUGGUGUCCACACAGCUGUUGAAACGUACACAAGCCAUGUUGAACAAAUAUCGGUUGCUACUCCUGGAGGAAUCCCGGAGAGUCAGUCCUUCGGCAGAGAUGGUGAUGAUUGACCGGAUGUUCAUUCAGGAAGAAAAAACGACUUUAGCUCUUGAUAAACAGCUAGCAAAGGAGAAGCCAGAUGAGUACGUCUCCUCAUCUUCACGGUCACAAAGUUUUGCUUCUUCUGCGGCUCAAGGCUCUCUGCCCAGCAGUGUUCCUUUGACCUCUGAGAACUUGAAAUCACCUCCAGUACAGAUGACAACUCAUAUCAAUCCCACCAAAUUGGUCAUCAAGCACAGUGGAGGUUCUCCAUCUGUAACGUGGGCCAAAGCGUCUCCCUCAUUAGAUGGAGAUGAGGAUGCCCUGCCCUCCAGGAGCAAGCCACCCAUUAAAACCUAUGAAGCUCGGAGCCGGAUUGGACUGAAGCUAAAGAUCAAACAAGAAGCAGGACUUAGCAAAGUGGUUCAUAACACUGCUUUGGAUCCAGUUCACCAGACGACGCCACCUAUGUGCACAGUUAUCAAAACACCUGACCAGCACUCGUCUACUUCAUCCAUUACCACCACUACAACUACAACUGCUACCGCCACUACCUCAAUGGCGGGACAAAUGAAUGGGACAGUUGACCAUGUUAGUGCAGCUCCAAUGGAGAAAAAACCCAUUGUGACCUAUUGCAGACUUCCUCUCCGUAAAACUUACCGGGAGAAUGUGGAUGCUUUUGUAGCAGAUAAAGCUCCUGACACUUCUCUAAAAGGGAGCAUCCCAAAAUCUGAUAUGGUGCCAAGUUCUCUUAUCAUCAAACAGGAUGGUGGGUCCAGAAGUGUUAUCACAUCCCACAAAACUCAGGAGAGUCCUUCCACAGCUGUGGCAGAGAAAAGCAGGUCAGAGGAAAACACCAAACAUACCUUUUUCAACCGGAGUGAUGCCCGUUCUUUGGUGAUGCAAGAAAGCCCUGCCCCUCCUAAGACCGAUGAUUCAACCAGUGGCCUUAUGAAGGAAUUAGCGGAAGUUGAGGAUGAGUUUUACCACCGAAUGAUAAAGACUGAGCCACUUGACCAUGGGUCAGCCUCUGAACUCACAUGGGAGGUGCCCUUGCCCCCAGCCAAACGGAGAAAGUCCGAAUCUUUUGAUGUGGACAAUGCCAGCUUCUCCAGUGACAGCCCCCCAGAUGACUCACUAAAUGAGCAUCUACAGAGCGCCAUUGACAGCAUCCUGAAUUUGCAGCAACCUCAGGCUGGAAACCAGAAUACUCGAACACCCUCAUCUUCAUACAACUCAUCCUCCUCCCCUUUCUCCUCACCUGUCCACCGCACAGACACAUACCUUGCCCCCAAUCACAAUGGUGGCCUUGGAGCAAGGACGUUAAACAGAUAACAGAAAUUUAAAGCAAGUAAAGACUGUACAAAGAGAGCCAAGGACUGAAGCUGCAGCAGCUUCUGCUGGCUGGGAACGGUUGGAAGCCAAGGUGCCACUUCCCAGAGACCUGCUAGGAUAGGGCUGAUACCAGAAGGGAAGAGUGGGGAUCUGGGGUGGGGAGGGCAACAAGAAUGUCCUACAGAGGCUUCAUCCAUCCAAGUGUUUAUAUGAUGGGUUUUGGUUGUUGUAAAGUACAAGCUUCGGCUGGAUUUACAAUAUACUCGUCUCAUCACAUGCACCAUUAAAAAAAAAGUUCAGCAAAUGCCAAGCAGGCAGGUGGGAGGGGGUUGGAUUGGGGCCCAUAGGUAGUGUUGGCUGUGUAAUAUUUAGAUUCUGUAACAAAUUGCUAAUUUGAAUCUCUGAUGAUAAUUGGGUUUGUUUUUCCUCCUCUCCCCAAACUCUACUACUAUAUUUAGGACAUUUUAACAAAUCUUAAAUCAGAAGCCAGCAGGGAGGCCAAAGGAAUGGGGCAGGGGUAAGGUGACAAUUCCACAAGGAGUUGGCACAUGGGGCAAUUAUGUAAUUGAUUUUGUCAGGUUUCUUAAGUUAUUUUAAGUAUAAACUGUCUGCUUUUUUUAUAUAAAAUAGAUUCUGAACAAGAUGCAAAAAAUAUAAACACUAAUGCUUAAAAACAAAUAAGCAUGGAUGAAUUUACAAAUAAAUCACUUUGAAAGAGGAAACCAGUCCAUUGCUGGACAUGGAUGGGUGUUGUUAACAAAACCAUGGUGGGUGGAACAAGGAAAGUUGUGGCAAGAGGAUGUGCAUUUCUCUCUCCUCUUUUCCCCUCCCAUCCUAAAAGAAAAAAAAGAAGGAAAGAAAAAUCAAGUUGGGAUUUUGAUCACGUUAUGGUCCAAGAUGAUCUUUUGCAUGCUGGGGCUCAGGUAAAUGUUUGCCUUGGAAACUGGGCAGUUGCAGAAAGUCAAGCUGGCUCCCUUUCUAUAUGUUGAUGAUAUUUUGCUCUGUGCCACAGUUGCCUGUGUUUGCCUAUAUUUGCCUCCCAUGGUUCAGUACCCUCUGUGGUUGUUCCUAUCUUUAAAACCAUGAUUUGGCCAUGCCUCUCAGCAGCUCCCAGUAGUCAUCUGGAGAAGAAAACAGCAAUGCUACUUUAGUAAUCUUCAUAUCCAGACCAAGUAACUUUUACUCCCCUUUGAUAUCAAAUGAACUUCAGUUAAUCAUAUCUACAUUUUCACAUGGAACCUUGGUGUGGCCACCUUACUCUGGGUCUCAUCUUACACCUUCUUUGGAAUUCGUUAUUCAUUUGGCUCUACUGUUCUCAUUCAUUGAUGAGAAUAAAUAUAUCCAUCCUUUCAGAUUUACUUAGUUCUCUCACCACGCUGUUAAGCUUGCUCAUAAUUCAUUGACUAAGCACUUCAUUCCUGGUUUUCACAUGUCACCGGUUCAUAUUUUGUCCAUUUUUUCCACAACCUAGACUUUUAAUACAGAAUUUGAGUAUCAGACUUGUCCAUCAAUAAGUCAGAAAGCCCCCCCCCCAAUUAAAGGUUUCCCAUAAAUUUGAAAGUUUUCUGUGAGUCAAAACAAGAUAUGCCAAGCAAUUUCAAAUUCUUGGACUAUCUUAGUCUUGAUUUAUAGAUAGGCAUAAAUGGAAAUGUCCUUCCCACAUUAUAACUAUCACCGGAUGACUGUAAUCGUUUAUGUGAAUGUUACACCUGAAGUAGGAUACAGGCUUUCAUUAUCACUAGCUUGGUAAAAUAAAAACUCAGUAUGCAGGACUAACAUGUGGAGUGGGCAUACAAAACAUCUGUCUGUCCCAUUGUCCCAAUUCUUCUAUAAAUAAUUAAAGAGGUAUCCUUUCACAAAAGCAUUCACCAGUAUGCUGAUAAAAAACAGCUAGUUCCCUUUGCACCUUGGAAUUCUUUCUAAUGGGCAUUAUCUAUAGUCUGCUUCUGCCAUCUGUAGUUGUAAGCUUCAUGGGUAAUGGUAUUCAUUCAAGUCUUUCGUCUUAUAAUUUCCUAGGCCUAGUAAGAUGGUGCUCAAACUUUUGCAACAUCUUUUCUUCCUCUUUGUAUGCCUUACUUGUGUUGUCUGUUGCUGCUUCCUUUGUAGGUAGGGGUGAUUUUCAACCUGUAAGUGUACUGAUUGGCAAAUAUAACCUGCUGUUUUAGAUGAUAUUGUUUAGCUUUUUUUUUGAAGAGCAGUGGGAGAAUUUUUUCUUCCUCUUUAAUUGGAUUCUGUGAGGAAAAAAGGAAACAAAGGUGAGGAGAUCCUUUGUUGGCAUACAGUUAUGGUAGAAUAAUAUGCAAGUCUGUUAAAAGAAUCCUUUGGAAGGCAAGCUGAAAGAUAGAUGCUCUUAGGGUUUUUUUUUAAAAAGGAGUUUUUUAAAUUCUUUUUUAAAAGCAGGAGCUUUUUAAAUAUUUUCAGUGCUUAGUGGCUUGACCAAUUUUAGUACCGAUACUACAAAAAAGCUGUGGAUUGAACUGGUGUAAAGUUCAAAAAGCUGACCACUUCUGCCUUAUUUGUAACCAUUUAAAAGUAUCUUUGCUAUUAUCUAGGCUGUGAAGCCAUGCCUCUUCUGUCCAGUACAGAGCUCUGCAUAACUUGAAGACUUGUGUACUCUUUCUGCCAAAAAUGUGUUGAAAAUUUACUAUCUUUUCUUAAUUUGCAUCUCUUUCUGGUUCUAUUAUAGCAGUAGUGGCCCACAUCAAAUGUUAAUCCUUGAGUUUUCAUAGAGGCUCCAUAGCAGUCUGUAGUUAACUUUCAUUUGGCCAUUCUUCAUUAAUCUUUUAUCAACACAAUGCUCCAGUGAAGCUAUAACAGAAUAAUGCUAGGCUUGAUUCUUAAUGCUAAUAAGUGUCAGAGAAAGUACCUUCAGGUGACAGAUUUAAUGCAAAAACAAAUAAACCAAAAUCAUAUUCUUCUGCUUUUAAGUAUCAAAAGUUCCUGCAGCCUCCCUGCAAUUCUACCUCUUCCCAUUACUGUAUAUUACAGUGGGUAUAUUAUGGAAGGGACUUAGAGGUACAAACACAAUUUCCUACCAUCCUGAAGCAUGCAUGGGCACCUAAGAAAGAAUGAAAAAAAGAAAGUGAAAGACAUAUACAUGUUUAGUCCAUCUAUCACAACUGUGUUUGUGGUAGAGUUGUUUAUAUAAACACAACUCACCUAAAGAUCAGUUUUUCUAGGGUAAGCAUUUAGUGGCUGUCACCUCUACCAUUUAGAUGUGCAUGCAGAAAUCCUUUUUUCCCCUUUUUUAGUGUAGAAGAUUUUCUACAAUGCUGAGAGCUGGAGCAGGGGGAAGAAGACAGUGGGAUAACUGAUCUUUUUUUCAUAGUGUCAGAACACAAGCUUGGUUCAUUGUACCAAACCCUCUUGGCUGAUGUAGUUGUAUGAGGCUGGCAAACAAAAAAGGGGAUAGAGCAUACAUGUUAACCUGGAUGAGACUUGUUCCUUUCUCUUUAACAAGAGAUGCUUAACUUUCAGUAGAAGUUUCUACUGUAGCUUUCUUAGUUCUAGGCAAAUAGGAUGAAUCUCUGUCUUUAUUUCAGAUUGCAGUUGGAAGCACCUACACAAGAGUGUGUUAGAAUGUUUUUCUGGUUCAUCAAAUUGCCAACAGUAUGUUCUGUAUUUUUGUUGGGAUGAAUCCAGUUGUGAGAACCAAUGAUAUUUAGUAUGUGUGCCCCUUUUAGCUACUAUUAAACUUCAGUUUGGAUUUUCUUUUUCCAAAAUUUGUCUAUUACCUAAAAUUGAAAGACUUAUAUGCUACCUUCCAUGUAAUUUGGAAAGCAACUGGUGCUGCCAAAAUUUAGGUAGCUCCCUCUUUGCCCAUCACUAAUAGAAUUGCCUAUUAACAGGCUAAUUUAUCUACUGCAAAAUUGGAUUUGUGACAUUCCGUCCUCCACUACCUGCAUGAAAAAGAAGAAAUGCCUUUUUUGAAUUGAAUUUCAGGCUAAAUGCAGGCCAGCCCAUCUUUUUAGUUGUUGUCCCACAGGAUAAACCAAGAACAGAAGCAAGGCCCAAAAUACUCAACUUGGAGAUAAGUUCUUUGUCCUUUUGAAAGUGUGCCAAAUGAACCGAAUUUAGCCAUUGGUACAAACCUUUUAUUUACUCUCUAAUUUCUUUAUUUCUUUCCCAGAAAAAAAAUACUAUAAUUCUAAUUUCCAUGUCCAAAUUUGUUGCAGAUGUUUUCUGGAUUCCUUCACACUCGCCUUUUUAUGUUUGGUGGAGUUUUGUUUUGGUUUUUUUAUUGCAGGCAGCCAUAAAAUAAAGUCCCUUUGAUACUUUUCUUCCCCUUGUGCCCACAACCAUUGCCCUCAUUCUGCCCUGGGCAAACGUAGAUAAUGUCCUGAGAAAUUUUGAACUUUGUUUAAAAAGUAAAUUCUCCCACUUUUCAGGGAGAAGGGUGCAAAAAUGGGAACUCCCUAGGUACAACAAAUCUAAAUUUUCACUUUAAAAUAACAAAGCAAACACUUAUUUUCAGAUGUCAUUUUGUGAAAUUGGAAAUGCUUUUAAAAGACUAAAAAGUUCUAAAAUGGAUAAACGUGUUCUUAAAGCCAACUCAUCAAAAUGAUUUGGCAGUUGGAACAGUGAAUAAGUUCAGAUCGUUUAGGUGCAGAAAACCUAACACUCUUGAGCAUCCUUCUUUCACUAAUUUUCCCACUCCAAAUAACAAGCACAAAUAAAGCCUUAAUAUUAUCCAUGUAUUCAUUUGAUAUAUCCAUUUAAAAAUAAUCAGUAUGUUUAAACAGUGAUACAUACAUAUAUACAUGCAUACAUACAUACAAUACUGUGGUUUUGGUGCUUUCAAGAAGACAGUUCUUCUGAGACAACUUGGUUUAAAAAAAGAUGAGGAAGUAAUUACACUUGUGUAGCUUGUUGAAUAGAAGUGACCUGAGCAAUUUUGCCCCAUCCCUUGUUCUCUAAUAGGUGUGUGCUGCACACAUAUAGUGUCAUUGCUUUAUUUUUUUUGUCUCAUUCUCCUUUAUUAAUUGGUACCCACAAGCCUAGCUGAAUAUACAUUUAUUAUCAUACAAAUAUUUUAAAUAUAGCUACUCAACUGCAAAGCAUAUUUGACAGAUACCUACACAGUCUGUUCUAAAAUACACAGGUAGAGAACCAAGCAGUAUCUAGUUUAAUUAAAUGGAAAAAGGGACUGAAUUUAGGCCUAUUUUAAUUAUUUAUAUAUUUUUUUUUCCUCUCAGAGAUCAGGAUAUAUAACCCCAUUAGUAACAUCUUGCAUUUCGUUUAUUUUUUUCCAGAUCCUUUUCUAUUCAUAAUACAGUAUAGAAUGCACCUGCAUUCAUUUUCUGACUUCCAGAUUCUGCCCCUUGCCAGACUCCAUUCCCCACCAUGCACUAACUCCCAAAGAUAAGAGCAAUACCAGUAGUCCCUCUGCCCCAAAAUACAGGGCAUGAAAAUGCUAAAAUAAGUUGCUGUGAAUCCGAGACUAUUCAUUAGCAUCAGUUCCUUCUCCUUUAAACUUAACUGUGUCUUGUGAAGUAGAGAAAGACAUUUUGGAUUUUAAAAAUGAAGUUUACUGGCGAAGAACUAGUUAGGAAAAAUAGAACCAAAAAGGGAGUUAAGAGGUCUACAUUUUUAUAUCUCAGUCUCUGUCAUAUUUUGCAAAUGGUUCAGACUUGGUUAAGAAAUUGCACACAGCAUCUUCCCAGCUUUGUGUGUUCCAUUUGAAGAGUGCCUUGUGCAUAUGAAACUAUCUACAUCAGAAUUUGCAGGAGGGAUUGCUGGAUCAGGCUCCAGAUAAUCUUGAAAAGAUACAAUUCCACAGAGCAGUUCUCAUUAAUUACCAAUCUGAAACUGACCAAGUGGAUUAUGUCAGAGAAACUACUGUGUUCCUGUCUCUUUAUGCUCUGUAGCAGUAUGCAAUUUAAUAGUAUAGCUCCUGUUUUAAUUUUGGCUUUUUGUAAGGUGACAUGCAUUGUGAUGUAUAUUCUCAAGCACUUGUCCAGCUGUUGAUCCUCUUCCUUCCUCCCCGCUCUUCUAAAGUGGCUCUCCAUUACAGAACAUUUGCUACCGUCUUUUGGAAGGAAGUUGCUAGUAGCAAUACAUUCACGCUGUUUGUGAUCCAGAGCGCUCCAUGUAGAGCAUUCCUGUGCAUGUAGGCUUUACCGGUUCAUGUGCAAUGGAGCACACAUGCACUUCUUCCCUCCACUGAAGUGAAAUAGAGUUGUAGCACCUACAAGAAAGGCUGCUUUGGGAGCUCAUGUAGUAAAAAACUGUUGAAGGAGCAUCCCAAACAAAAUCAGAUUUGGUGUUUGCUAAAAGCAUUGUUUGCUAAAGUUACAGUGCACCAUAGUUUCUCAACCUUAUUCCUGUGCCAUGGGGGGAAACAAAUGGUUAGGAAGCAAUAAGGGAUGUUGAUGAGUUUUCUUCUUUUUUAUAUAUAUAAAUAUAUAUAGAGAAAUGUAUAUGAAAUUGUUUGGCUUUUUGUUUAGUGUCCUUUUUUUUCCUUUUAAAAGUGUAGAUUUGGGAUUGUUAGCUCAUUUGGUUGCCAUUGUUUUUCUUCUCACUGCAAUAUGGUUAAGUGGGAAAGUUAUUCCCUGCAAAUUAAAAGCUAAUAUAAAUUAAUGUGCACUGUCAUGGAGAAGUAUAUGUUACACCUUUUCCAGUAUUUUGAACAAAGUGAUUGUGGUUUGUUUUUGUUUUUUUUUUAAUUUCAUAGGCACAAAACCAGAAGAGAAAUUCCCAUCUCUUUGCGCUUGAAUUUUCAUUUUUUUUUUUUUUUUU